CCAUCUCUCAGGAUGUCUUUGCUAUGGGGCUUUAUUACAGACUUCUUCACCUACGAGACAACCAAGUCUGUGGUGGUGAAGAGCUGGUCUGUUGGAAUCAUCAACCGCGUCGUACAACUGCUCAUCAUCAUCUACUUCGUUUGGUCGGUAGAACUUGUUUGUGUGUGUGUGUGUGUGUGUGUGUAUGUGCGUGUGUGUGUGUAUGAUAAUGUCGACCUCUGUCAUCUUUCUUUCCCCCUUAAUUCUUUCCUCUCCCAAUGUCUUACUCCUGAUCAUUCUAGAACUAUUGUUACUAAUCGUCUUCCUUCCCCUCCCUGUCAUUCUCCAUAACCUUUGCCUCCAUCUAUCUUUCUUUCCUGUUUUGUCAUUUAGGUGGGUCUUUUUACACGAAAAGGCAUACCAGGUGAAAGACUCUGGCAUCGAGUCUUCUGUCAUGACUAAGGUGAAGGGCUUCGGUUACCAUAACAACCGUGUGAUGGAUGUGGCGGACUAUGUCGCCCCUACGCAGGGCGCCGCAGUGUUCUGCAUCAUCACCAAACUCAUCGUCACGGAGGAACAAUUCCAAGGCUUCUGCCCUGAGAGUGACGUGAAGUACGAGUGUGAAACAGAUGAAGACUGUGACAAGCAUUUAGGGAGCUUCCUUGGAAAUGGAAUAAUAACUGGUGCCUGUGUGAACUCCUCUGAAGGAGGCCGCUGUGAGAUGGAGGGUUGGUGCCCUGCCGAGAAUGACAAAGUCAUAAUGCAACCAAUGAUGGAGGUCGAAAACUUCACCAUCUUCAUCAAGAACAGUAUCCGCUUCCCGAUGUUCAACGUCACCAGAGGGAACUUCCCGUCAUCGCUGAAUACAACUUAUAUCAGGAGCUGUACAUAUGACCCGGAGCACAACCGCCACUGUCCCAUCUUCAAGGUGGGAGAUGUGCUGCGCUAUACUGGACAGAACUUCUCCACCAUCGCUCAGACAGGUGGAGAGAUCGGGAUCAAUAUUGAAUGGGAGUGUAAUCUGGAUGAGUCAGAAGAAAGAUGUGAACCACAUUACUCCUUUACGCGACUUGAUGCUGUGUUUCAGAAGAACGCCAUCUCUCAGGGAUACAACUUCAGAUUUGCCAAAUAUUACAAAACGGAGAACGGUAUAGAGAAUCGGACGGACUUCCGCACUCUCCACAAGGCCUACGCCAUCCGCUUUGACAUCCUGGUCACUGGGCUUGCUGGGAAGUUCAACACAGUUCCUACUCUGAUCAACCUAGUGGCAGCCUUUACCUCUGUGGGACUGGGUACGGUCCUCUGUGAUAUCAUCCUCCUGAACUUCCUGAAGGGGGCGGACCAAUACAAGGCCAAGAAAUUUGAAGAGGUUUCUGAGUCACAGAUACAGAUAUUACUCUCCCGAGAAAGUUGCAGCCAGCUGUCAAACAAAGCAGAGGAGAAGAUUUCAGAUGACUCGGGAGCUGUCUCCCUUUACCUGGACCAGCAGCUUUGAGUGACAGUCCACUUCAACCAAUCGGCAGAGAGGAUCCUCCACUACUUCCUUAUUUUACUAGCAGCUGUUGAUAAGUCCUAUGUUCAUGUGAGGGAAGGUAACGAUUUUACGUCUGAGGAACUUUUAAAAUGUUGUUUUGGGGCAAACUAUUUCUGAACUCUACUGUAGCUUAAAAUAACAUUAUAAACAGUUACAUCAAUAUACAUAAACGCUCUGCCCUGGUCCCAUUGCUUUUGUACAUAUACUAUGUAGUUCAUAUGUUACAUUUACCUGGCCUCAUACCUUUCUUCAUCUCUGUCUUGCUCUCAUAACCUCCAUUUGUGAUGUUCUAUAACGAUGGGGGGUUUAAAGGGGUGAAGAGAUGACGUGGUUCUAUAAUCAUCUUGGACCCUCAAAAAACAACAGUAACCAGUAAAUAAAUUGGUGGGAAUUGACUGAG